AUGAAGUACACCACUGUGAUCGCUGCCCUGGCUGGCGCGGCCAUUGCUAGCCCCGUUCCAGAGGUCGAGAAGCGCGCCACAGCCAUCAACUACGUUCAGAACUACAAUGGCAACCUCGCCAACUUCAAGUACAAUGAGGCCGCCGGCACCUACUCCGCAAGCUGGAACAAUCCCGGCGACUUCGUGGUCGGUCUUGGUUGGACCACCGGUUCUCCCCGGAACAUCGCCUUCAGCGGCUCCUACACUUCCAACCAGGGCUCCUACUAUGCUGUGUACGGCUGGUUGAACUCUCCCUUGACCGAGUACUACGUCGUGGAGAACUACAGCUAUGACCCCUGCAACGGCGGCACCCAGGUCGGUAGCCUCACCAGUGACGGGUCGAGCUACAAGAUCUGCACGCACACUCAGGUCAACCAGCCUUCCAUCGUCGGCACAAGCACUUUCGGCCAGUACUUCUCCGUUCGUGCCACCAAGCGCACUUCGGGCACCGUCACGAUGGCGAACCACUUCAACGCAUGGAAAGCCAGUGGCUUCCAGCCAGGCAACUACAACUACCAGGUCUUCGCCGUUGAGGCCUUCAGCGGUACUGGUAGCGCCAGUGUCACCGUCAGCGAGGCUGCCGCCGGCAGUGGAUCAACAUCCGUUGCUCCUACCUCCGCUGCUCCCACCAGCGCCGCCCCAACAAGCGCCGCCCCCACCAGUGUCGCCUCGUCUACUCCUUCUUCUGCUCCCACUGGCGCAUGCUCUGCCUUGUACGGCCAGUGCGGUGGUCAAGGAUGGAAUGGCCCAACAUGCUGCUCAAGCGGUUCUUGCAAGGUUGGCAACCCAUACUACUCGCAAUGCUUGUAG